CAACUUGCAAUUGAUGCUUCUCUUUCGCCUUCCACCGAAUCCAUCCACGGAUUCAUCCAGAGGGGGAGUGCAGAGUUGACAAUAUAUGAAGCAGGGACAACUUUCGUUCAUUCCUCGCGAGGUUCAGCGCAAUUAUUUUGGUCACGCUGCGUUGCGUUUUCGGUGAUUCAAAAAAGGACGACUCGACCAUCAGCCUACACGUGCUUGAACCAUUUCUUCAAACCGUCUAUUGAUGUCGCUCAUACUCCUGGUUUGGAUCAUGUAACGAGGGACUCGAAAAUGAAGUGACAGCGACAGAGAACAGCUUGUUCGCCCAGGAUCCUCCUUGCGAGAAUUGCGAAAUUGCAAUGGCCCGGUCUGAAGAUUAUCCCUCGUAUCCUUGGCUAUGUGCCCUCUCAGUUGGAAAUUAGACAAAUGAAGGAGGUCAUCGAAGGAGGGGAGGGUCGGUUGAAGAAGAUUGAAGCCCACGUCGUUGUCUUCAGGAACAAAUGCAAUGUCGCCGCGCUGUCUUUCACAUCUUCCAUCUCCUUGCCACGAAGAACCUCAUGGAUUCUUCUUUUGAUACGGAUUCCUACCCCUUGCACAAUUCAUCUCCAGCGGGCCCUGGCGGAGUCGGGAGAUACCUUCUUUGCUCUCAUUGAAGAGAUAUUAUUAUCAAUUCCCCGUAUCAAGCUGUACCUAGCCUUCAUCCGUGCGUAUUAAUUCCUACUUCCAUGCAACUGCGUAGUUCAGGGGGGUAUUCCUUGGGGUUACGCAUCCCGUACCUGCAAAGGCAUCAGCACAAGUUAUCUUCCGUGUUGUACUUCCUCAUUUCUGACGAUAACGACUCUUUAUGGUGGAGUUGCAUUGGACACAUCCGUCUUGGAACUUGAGAUCCGAAAAAGAGGUUCUGGCUUGCGAUUUGUGGGAUCCCCAUUCACCUCCGUAUCGCCAACUCACUGAGUUGCAUGUACACGAUGCACCCGAUUCCAGGAGUCUAUUACCCGUAUUGUUAGCCUGCCAAUCGCUUCCGUCGUUAUAUCUGGACAACAUCUUUCUACCAAGGCAGUAUUGCUCUAAAACUCUACUUCGCAUCUGCUCCCAUGGUAUUGCCUUCUAUGGAGUGAACAUACACGCGUUCCCGAACGACGUACACCUUGUUCUUCGGCCUUUUCGUCUUCCCAUCACAUCAUGACUCGAAAUGAGCUUCUAUCGCGGGAUUCGUAUCUCCCCGGAAAUGAGUGACUCCGAGAUCAGCCUUCUCGAUCUAUUAUUCGACGAUUUAUCCCUUUUGGCGGACCGAAUCGUGCAUUGAAGUUCGAAAAUAUUGCGACCCCCAAAUGUCACUCAUCUGGGGGUAGUAUCCUCUUCUUACCUUCAGGUUUUUUCACCCAUUUUCUCGCCUCCCUGUGACUAGAUUCGCCGGAAUUAUAAUUACUCGUACCGAAACCAAUCACAUCGUUAUGUCUAGGAUUGUCGGUGCUCACAGUUCUGGCGUCCACAGCUCGCUCCGUUGAAGCGAGAGGCAGGUUGAUGUUUCCCUCUUUCUGUAUUGCGAUGCACGGUCCUGUGAUGAUCGAGAAUCGCGACUGGGAAAACCGGUUUCCUGGUUGCCUAGUAGUGGUACGGGAGCAUGGGUUGCAGAGUUCGAGUACACCCUACAUUUGGUUUAGCAGAGGAUAUCAACAACAAACGAUGG